AUGGAGACUCUGAAGAAGGUUGCGCAAGGAGUAAUAAAUUAUGAGGGCAUUGAUGAAAAGAUGAAGAAAUUAAAAAGGAAAUGCGACCAUUUAAAGAGUAGAGAAGAAGAUGUCAAGGCAGAGCUCGAAUAUGCAGAAGGCUUAUUGUUGAAAAAACGAAGGAAAGUAGUUGAAAAUUGGUUGGCAAAUGCUGCAAGCAUAGCAAAUGAAGUUGAGAUGAUGGAGCAACAAGUUCUUGAAAGUAGCUGGCGUUUUUCAAAUUUGCUACAUGAAUCGAAAAUAGCAAGAUUAACUGCAGGAGUGACAGAGCUCAUUCGGCAAGGUCAAUUUCCUGAUGGGCUUACACUUCGGGUACAUGGCAACCAACAGACUGACUUAAUUACAACAAAAUUAAUCGGUCAAUCAUUUCGGCAACAUAAGAAUGUGAUAUGCGAAUGGUUGAGGAGCGAUGAUGUCUCAAAAAUUGGCAUAUAUGGAAUGGGGGGAGUUGGUAAAACAACCUUCGGUACAUAUAUUCACAAUGAGCUUCGUAAUUGUCCAAACUCCAGAGUUUCUUGGGUGCCCGUGUCACAGUACUUUAAUAUUCAUAAACUGCAGAGUGACAUUGCAAAAGCUGUUGGCCUUGACAUAGAAAAUGAGGAUCAUAAGAUCAAAAGGGCUGCGAAACUGGAACGGUGCUUGAGAAAAAUGAAUAACUUUGUGCUCAUCUUAGAUGAUGUUUGGAAACAUUUUACAAUAGAUGAGUUGGGAAUUCCUUCUCGUGGAAAUGGAUUUAAGUUGAUUUUAACAAGUCGAUCCUUAGAGGUUUGCCGAAGGAUAGGUUGCGAAGAGCAUAUCAAGGUGGAGCCACUUUCUAGGAACGAAGCAUGGGAGUUAUUUACUGAGAUAUUUGGGCAUGGCAGAGCACUUUCGCCUGAAAUUGAGCCCAUUGCAAAGUCUCUCACAGGAAAAUGUUCUGGUCUUCCUCUUGCAAUAAAAACCGUGCCAGGAUCCAUGAAGGGGGUCGAAGACAUAAGUGAGUGGAGAGAUGCACUUGAAAAAUUGAAAGAACCAGCGGCAGAGCAUGAUGAUGACAUUGGAAUUGAGGUACUUCAAGUAUUAAAGUACAGCUACGAUCAGUUGAAAGAUCCAAAAGUGCAACAGUGCUUUUUAUAUUGCUCAUUGUUUCCUGAAGACUAUCAAAUUGAUAGAGAAACUGUCAGGACCUGUCCAGAAUUCCUCCCCGGAAUCCUAGACAAGUCCUGAUCCCAGGGAAAUACCACCGAACCUUCCACCGGAAAAUUCGGCAGCACCUCCCCUAAGGGUAGGACUUACCAAAAAUUACCUGCACUGAAAUCGCAC